CUUGUCCCCAAGUCCAAACAUUUGGUUGAAGUAAUUUGAAUCUCUGAUACUCAAAAUAUUUGCAUUCCCUUUGACAAUGGAAUGGUCUGCUCAAGAUGCCAUGAAAGCUUACCUACACACUCUUAAGCUGUGUAAGAUCCACAACUACCAAGAUUGUUCUGUUGGAAGCUCAAACUUGAUUGAACCCAAAUACUUCGAGUUUAUAUCAGCUUUGGCAGCUGGAAAUCGUGCUAGAUUAAUGGUGGAAAUCACCUCAGAUGGGAUAUCUCCAUUAACAAUAGGACUAGCUGUUGCUGCAAAGCAGACAGGUGGACGAUUUGUUUGUAUUCUUCAUGAAGAUCAUGCAGAAAAGCUGAGAGCUGGGCUUAUGGGAAAUGAUCAUCUUGAAGACAUGAUCGAAUUUGUGUAUGGAAAUCCUUGUGAAGUGAUCAAGCAAUAUAUGCAUAUUGAUUUUGCAGUGAUCGACUGCAAGGUUAAUGCAAAUCACCAGAAAUUAUUCAAGACUAUAAACCUUAAUCCAAAUGGGUCUAUAGUUGUGGUGAACAAUCUUUACCAUAGAAGAGACAGAAUAUCAUUUCCUCAAGUUGUCAAGAGAAGGAUUAAUGGAGUUAAAUCUGUCACUCUUCCUAUAGGAGAAGGAAUGGAGUUGACAAGAAUUGGAUCAGCUGGUAAGCACGAGAGCAGGAGAUUCAAUAGAUUUCAUGUAACAUUUGAGAGUUAAAAUUUCAUGCUAUGCUACAAAUUGUUCACGACUCGAGAUAUAUGUAAAUAUAGAAUUAUUGAAAAUAAGAUCCACUUCUU